AUGCAGCGUGUCCAGCAACUUCGCCCCCUGCUCCCAAAGUCGAUGGUGACUUUCUACAAGGACCAGCUUGUGAUCACCAAGGGAAAGGGCCAAUUCCUAUAUGAUGCUCAGGGAAAGGAGUACCUCGACAUGUUUGCCGGCAUUGUCACCGUCUCUGUUGGACACGCUCAUCCGAAGGUCAAUGAAGCUCUAAAGAAGCAAAUUGACACCCUCUGGCAUACCACCUCGAUCUACCACACGUUGCCCGUCUAUGAGUACGCCCAGAAGCUCACCUCCACUCUUCCGGACCACCUGAAGGUAUGCUUCUUCACCAACUCUGGCUCCGAGGCAAACGAUCUGGCGAUCGCCUUGGCUCGCGUCCACACUGGGCGCUUCGAUAUGCUGACCCUGAGAAACUCGUACCACGGCAUGACCCAGACCAUCUUCGGCGCUACAAAUUUGGGCACCUGGAAGCAGCCAAUGCCCGCCGGAUUUGGGAUUUUGAAGGCGAUGAACGCAGAUCCGUAUGCCGGGCCGUGGGGCGGAAAGAAUUGCCGCGAUUCCCCGUGCCAACCACGUCGCGAUUGUGACUGUGGAAGCGGACCUUGCAAGGCGUCAGACAAGUAUUUCGAUCAAUUCGCGGAGACGCUGAAAUUCGACUUCCCGGCCGCCUCUGGACCGGCGGCAUUCCUAGUGGAAAGCAUUCAAGGGGUUGGUGGAACUACGCAGUUCCCCAAGGGAUUCCUGAAAAAAGCGUUCGAAGCCGUGCAAGCUCGCGGAGGGCUUUGCAUCUCAGACGAAGUGCAGACUGGCUUUGGGCGCCUCGGCUCUCACUUCUGGGGUUUCGAAACUCAUGACGUCAAGCCGGAUAUGGUAACGAUGGCCAAGGGAAUUGGCAAUGGUUUCCCGAUGGGCGCCGUUGUCACAACGCAGGCAAUCGCUGAUUCGUUUGGAAAAGCCCUGUACUUUAACACAUAUGGUGGCAAUCCUCUAGCAUCGACCGUUGGAAAGGCUGUACUAGAGGUGAUCGAGGAGGAAAAACUGCAGCAGAACUGCGCCACCGUUGGCACCCAUUUGAUGAAGGAAAUCGAACGGAUCGAAUCUAAAUUGAUUGGAGAUGUGCGAGGAAAGGGUCUUAUGAUCGGGGUGGAAUUGAUCUACGAGCAAGGGAAGCCAUUGGCCGCUGCACGAAUGGCCGACAUUUUUGAGGAUAUCAAGGAACGCGGCGUACUGGUCGGCAAGGGUGGCAUCAACGGGAACGUGCUGCGCAUCAAGCCCCCAAUGUGCAUCACCAAGGCCGACGCCGACCGCACGAUCGACGCCAUCGCCCAGGCGCUGAAGACGGCCAAGAAA